AUGUUUCGGCGUUCUUUGCGGUCUGUUUCAGGCCCGCUCCGCAACCAUGUUUGCCGCUCGUGUCUCCUAGCUCGCGUGAUCGAGAAUCCCAUCCAAGACGUUCGGUUCUAUACAACUGCUCCCUUCGAGUCUGGACCGAAUGCGGAGUCACCCCCGAAGCCGCAUGCAUCCAUCAGUUUUAACGAUACAGAUCUCCAAAAAACUCCCACAUCUGAGAACAAUGCACUCACGGGUCGACAUCGACGACAGGAGUCAGGGACACGCGGUCGCUCGGGACAAAAUAAUAGCUCGCCCACUAGACGGAACAGAAAGGUAUCCGGCAAACUCAGCUCGAAUCCGACUGUCCAAGAAAAGAGAGCGAAGCGCCAAGUUGCAAAGCAAAGAAAGGUGGCGAGCAUAAAGAAAAAGGCCGCAAGAAAGAAGGCGACGCAAAAACGAUCAACUCCCAAGCAACGUGAGACUACACUAACCGCAAAAGCUCGCUCGCAAAGACUGAUUCGAUUAGUACCAAGCCGCCCCCCGAAAACUCUUCCUUCUAAAGAAACUGCUUCCCGGAAAGAAAUACAAGCAGCAUUUUUCGAGGUUGACGAUGAUAUAAAGCUGGCACACUUGUCGGCACUGGUGAAGGAAAAGCAUAGUGGCUUCCUGCAUUCUGAUGAAGUUUCCGUCACUCCGCUCGCUAUAGAGACUGCGCCAGUGCCGAAUUUGUCUUUCGGACUUGACAGAGUCCUAUUCAAUCCCGGCGUUUAUCACCUCCGAGACCCGCGAUCACGGGUUUACAAUUUUGACCCCUAUCUAGGUUCCAUCAUGCCUGUUUCCGAGUUCGAUUUUACCGCGCUUAAGGAGUACAUUACUUCGUCUAGAGAUGAGACGUUGCUCAAACUGGCUAUAAAGGAAGGCAAAAAAUAUGUUGGUUCUUCCUCCAGCAUGACCUCUGUCCUCUCUCACUUCCACUACCUGUUAUCUGCCUGGCGUGCAAUCAAUAUAGACACCCUCUCCCAGGGCUUCCCGGAUAGAUUGCGCUCCUUCACGCGGUUACUGAGAGCUCCUGCCGCCAUGUUUUUGAACUACAAGGACGGGGUGUAUGCGAUCGAUGCGGACAAAGAGUUCGACACGGCAAACAUCCUCAUGAACCUUGGCAAGUCCAUGGAAAAACUCCUCACCUCGUCAAAGGAGAAAUAUGAGCGUUACCGGAGGUCGAGCACCAACAAGAUCACAGCGGAAGAGGAGAAGGCGGUUCCGGAGUCCUACCAUUAUUCAACGAUGGGGGAUUUUCUCAUGCGGUCUCAGCUUGACGCCUACGACCCCCGACUUCCCGGGACUGGUAUGUUUGACUUGAAGACAAGAGCCGUAGUCUCUAUCCGAAUGGAUUCCAAGAACUUUGAGAAUGGUUUGGGUUACGAGAUCAAGGGCCGAUUUGGAGAGUUUGAGUCGUAUGAACGAGAGUACUACGACAUGAUCCGGGCUGCUUUCCUGAAGUACUCCCUUCAGGUGCGGAUGGGCCGCAUGGAUGGAAUCUUCGUGGCUUUCCACAAUGUGGAGCGCAUCUUUGGGUUUCAAUACGUCAGUCUGCCAGAGAUGGACCAGACGCUGCAUGGCCAGAGCGACACCACCCUGGGCGAUAAAGAAUUCCAGUUCAGUCUGGCCCUGUGGAACACCAUCCUCAACAAAGCCACCGCCAGGUUCCCGAAGCAGUCUCUGCGUUUUCACUUCGAGACGCGUGAUGCACAAACUCCGUUCAUGUACAUAUUCGCGGAACCGGUCACGGAGGAAGAAAUCGAGGCCAUUCAAACGAAAAACAAGAAGGAUAUUGAGGAAUUCCAGCGACGUGUCUUGAACCUCGAGCCUAGGACAGACGGCGAAUCUUCUGCUGAUUCGUCUACAGAGCCGUCAACAGAAUCACCAGGAGAGAUCUCUUCGCCGGGAGAAUCGGAGUACGUUAAUCACGACACCACAGAAGCACCAGCACCGGCAGCAGAAGGGCAGGGAGAACAACAACAACAAGAACAAGAACAAGAACAACCUCGUGACGUGUUCGCGAUGUUGCUGAGCAUCAGCAGCACCGUCAACGGCAGGCCCGUAGCCCGACCCACGAACCUGACAGCGGAGGACAAAUGGACGAUAGAGUACGAACUCAGCGAGAUCCAGGGCCCCCAGGUAUGGAACUACUACCAGGCAUGCCAGAAGCGGCGCGAGAAGGCCUUGUCCGGCCGCGGCGAGGACGAGACCGAAGUCGCCGGCAACGCCUACCUCCGCAAACUGCGCGAGAUCAGCAAAGCAGGCCGCGAAUGGCGCAAGGAGCAGAACCGCCUAGACGCCGAACAAGGCAUCGUCGUCCUAGGCGACCCCAUUGCUCCUAAAUCGUCAUGA